UGUCCGCAGCUGCCUCCGCAUCGACUACAUCUAGCACUCCUCAAGCACUCCUCUCGUAUUGCUAACCGCACUCAUGACUGCUCUGCCUCGUUUGGUGUCAUUCCAGCUCCUGGGCGCAAAGUAGCGAUACUCACCCCCUUCGAGGACAACACUGUUUCGGAGCUCUGUCCGCACACCUUUGACCCCGCAACCCUAUGGCGUCUCCAACAAACCCCCGAAGUCCCUCCCCGUCCGCUUCCUUCUAUGCUCUCAGUGACGAUGAGGAGGGCGAUUAUAACACUAUACGGCAUUCUAGCAGUGGCCGUGGCGUGAAGUUGCUAUACUCAAAGAGCAAGGUCUACAUACAUCCCACGCCUUCCGCAAGGGACAACAUUCCUGGUUUCAUAGCAUUAAUCGAACAGAAACCUGGAGUGAGCUCCGGCGGAGAACGGCCCACGUCGUCUGCGUCGACCAAAACCAUCGACGCUUCAUCGCUGUUGCUUGCCUGGGUCCCAGAGGCUUCGUUAGGAGAUGCUUUUGACACAUAUGUCAAAGUGGAUUUGUCCGACUCCUCAUCUCCGCCCAAGCAGACUUAUCUCGUUCCGCCGCCACCCAUCACUACGUCUCAUGGAAGCUCUGCUGGUUCUUAUGCUUUUGCUGUCCCUUUGAGUGAGGUCUUCUCGAUACUGGUGCGUCCUCCGAGCCUGGGUUGGUGGUUUGGUAGCAUCGUGAUCAAUACACGAGCUGGCGAUAGUUUCCCUCCUCUUUUCUUUCACGACAGCGAAUGCCAGUCCACCAUAUUGCAGCGCAAGAAGCUGGCACGUGAGAGUUUUGAUCCUUUCGGGGAUAGUGGAGGCAUGUUCUGGGGCGGUGAUGAGGUUCUGCGAUGGCUCAAAAGAUAUGUCACAGUGGAGCGGUCCGGCGCAGACACCAGUAUCUAUCUGAUCAACCCGACCGAGGAGGACAAGCGAUCCUUUGGAAAGAAUGCGCCAAAGAUCACUGGCUUUGAUUCAGGCAGAGUUGGCGAGGCGUCUACGACCCAGCCAUCAGCGAGGAGAGAUGGAGGGAUGGAUCCGGUUACGAAAGCACUCAAAGAAGCUCGGUGGAACUUCCUCGAGAAGUUUAGCCAAGUGACUGCAUUCACGAGAAGGACUGCCCAGGCUGUUGCAGACAAUCCGAAAAUACCACCUCAGGUUCGACGCUUGAUGAAGAACCCAGAGGUGCAGACACUGCAGGAGGAGUUCGACAGUGCAAGGGUGUACUUGGCACGAUGGGCCAUGGGUAUCGCCGAGCAGAGUGAACGAGAGCGAAAUCAAAGAAUAUGGACAGCCAAGGAUGUGCUCGCCAUGGAGUCCAGCGAUGUGGGAGAUUUUGAGAUCCUGGACAUGGAGGCGGAUAAACUGUCCCUGGAGGAACGACGAAAGCCAGUGACCAUGAAAGAGUGGAAGGGGUUCUUCGAUAAAAAAGGAAGGCCUUGUAUUACGCCUGAGGAGGUCAAGAACAGAAUAUUCCAUGGCGGCCUCGACCCUGACGACGGUGUCCGCAAGGAGGCGUGGCUGUUCUUGCUAGGUGUCUACGAUUGGGAUAGCUCAGAGGAAGAAAGGCAAGCCAACAUGAACAGUCGUAGGGACGAGUAUAUACGUCUCAAAGGUGCUUGGUGGGAGAGAAUGGUCGAAGGGAACCGACCUCUUGAGCAGGAAGAGUGGUGGAGGGAACAGAAGAACAGAAUAGAAAAGGAUGUGCAUCGAACAGAUCGAACCGUGCCCAUUUUCAUGGGGGAAGACAUUCCGCAUCCCGAUCCGGAUUCGCCUUUCGCCGAUGUUGGGACGAACGUGCAUCUUGAGCAAAUGAAAGACAUGCUCCUAACCUACAACGAAUAUAACAAGGACCUUGGCUAUGUACAAGGCAUGAGCGACCUUCUCGCUCCCAUCUAUGCUGUUAUGCAAGACGACGCCGUAGCUUUCUGGGCCUUCGUCAACUUCAUGGAACGAAUGGUGAGCGAUGAACGUAACUUUCUUCGCGAUCAAUCUGGGAUGCGUAAACAGCUUCUCACUCUUGACCACCUCGUCCAGCUAAUGGAUCCGAAACUCUACCUCCAUCUCCAACAAGCCGACUCAACAAACUUUUUCUUCUUCUUCCGCAUGUUGUUGGUAUGGUUCAAGAGGGAGUUUGAAUGGGUUGACGUUUUGAGGCUUUGGGAGUCUCUAUGGACCGACUUCUACAGCAGCAACUUUCACAUCUUCAUUGCCUUGGCGAUUUUGGAGAGACACAGGGAUGUUAUCAUGACGCAUCUCAAGCACUUUGACGAAGUCCUCAAAUAUGUCAACGAACUCUCUGGAACAAUCGAUCUAGAGUCUACAUUGAUCCGUGCUGAAUCCUUGUUCAAACGAUUUCAACGAACAGUUGAGGCAAUCGAUAAAAAGCACAAUUUCCCCGCCCCUCCUCGAGCACGGCAGCGUAAUUCUACUAAGUCGCCGCCGACGUCACCCGGGCCAUCCUCCUCUAGUCCCCAGGCCAUUACCACAGGAACCGACAGGGGCAAGCAAACCGCGGCCGAGUUUGAGAACGAGACCCGGGUUAUCAGCCCUGAACUUCGGUCGUUACUAAGCAAAAAGGUGGAAAAGCUAGACAAAAGUGCGAUUUCAUAA